AUGGACGCUAUAAUCGAGGCAUAUAAAAGCUCAGAGGAGUGGACCGCACGCAGAGAGAUUUUAUCGAUUGUCGCACCGAAAAUAAGCUAUAAACCUAUACAACCGUUUUUACCUGGAUUAACUCUAUAUCGUUUCACAGCAGCAAGACGUCAUACUUUUGAAUACGGAACUGGACGUCAGGUUGAACCUGCUCCAUCGACUUUGGGAAGAUUUAGUGAUUAUCAGGUGGAGCAUUUUAUAGACUUUAUCCUAUCACCACACAUUUGUACUGAUCUGCCUUUUGGUGAACAGCAUCUACGUCUUUCGACUGGUGUUGAACUUUACGUUCCAAAUACAAUCAGGAAUAUGAUACCUUCAAGAAUUGUUGAUCAAUAUUUUGAGUAUAUUGCUGAAAAUAAUCCGGGUUUUCCUCCACUUGGUCGUACAAGUCUUUUAUCGUUACUGAAUUCGUGUAAAGCGUCCACAAGACACAGUUUACAAGAACAGUUUUUCAAAUUUUCCUCAAUGAUGCAAUAUUUCAGGUUCAUUUUUAACCGAAUAUCAAAUCCCAUGGGGUCAAAAAUGAUUAAAGUUUGA